CACACACCGGGCCUUGGAUCUGAUACCAGGCAGCGGACACCCGACUUGGCCUUCCGCCUCCUUGGACUUUUGUGCAUCAACUGCCGUGGGGGGUGCGAAGGGAAGCGCGUGCAUGAGCCGCGCCCGCCUGCGGCACGUCGAGGCUCACAUUGUGGCCGCGAAGCAGAGCUCAGACAUGGCUGCCCAGCACAGCAGUCCUAUCACCACCCAUGUGCUGAACACCGUGGACGGCAUCCCGGCAUCCCAGAUGCCCAUCAGCCUGCACCGCCUGGACACCGCUCUGACACUGUGGAGCCUCAUCUCCACAGGGACUACAGAUGAUGACGGCCGCUGCCCAGGACUCAUCACCAGGGAGGCUUUCACCCCUGGGAUGUACAAGAUGCGUUUUGAAACUGGACAAUACUGGGAAAACCAAGGUCAAACUUGCUUCUACCCGUAUGUCGAGAUUGUCUUCACCAUCAGUGACUCCGCUCGGAAGUACCACGUGCCCCUGCUCCUCAGUCGCUUCUCCUACAGCACCUACAGGGGGAGCUAGAGAGCGCACUGGCAUCUUCGUACAGGAUGAUUGCGUUUCGUGUAAUGAAAUUAAAUUGAAUUAACGACAUUGUGAGGAAAUUUAAGGAUUUUUUUUUUUUUUUCAAGUUACGCUGAAUUGAAAAUGGUUUGCUUAUAUCUGUGGCCAUUAAUCCUUG